AUGCCGUCAUUGCUAGACAUGCCAAGUGAAAUUCUCUAUCACAUUAUAGGCUAUCUGAUCUUAGAGUCAGAUAUAAAUUCGUUAGCCAGGACAAACUGCCAUCUUUAUAAUAUAAGCAAUCUUUCCUUGUAUCAUUUUAAUGCCACGCACGGACAGAUGUCCGCACUCCUAUGGGCUAUAAAUCAUGGAAUAGUCAAGACUGCUCAGCAUUCACUGAAUGCUAGUUUUGGAGUUUUGAAUAAUAAACUUGAGAUAUUCUAUCAUGCACCGUCAAUAGCAGUGCAAGGGGGACACAUAAAUGUUAUAAAGAUUCUUCUACUGCAGGAGGGAGUCGAUCCCAAUUUCCAAUGUCAGAAUAAAGAGGACAAAUCCUCCAUAACAUUCUUAGCAAGAGCAGCUCAAGCAGGACAUGUGAAUGUGGUUGCCCUGUUACUGUCAACAAAAGGCAUCAACCCGAAUCUAGAAGAUGACAUGGGGAGACCCAAUUACUUAUGCAGGAUUCAGCAGCCAGGAUACAGUGAUCUCAAUUUCAAGGAUUACCAUGGCCGUACACCACUUUCCUGGACAGUUAGCUACGGAUCAGAAGCUGCUGUUCCUCAAUUCCUAUCUCAACAGGAUAUUGACGUGAAUGCCGCGAUAGCAACUAAGUACAUGUUCAAGAAGGGGUGCAUCGCCUUGAUGUUUGCAGCCAGCAGGAGAUUUACAGAGAAAGUGGAGCUAUUGCUUAACACACCAAAUAUCAAUGUGAACCACCAAUGUGCCAGUGGAAAAACAGCUUUACACCUUGCACUUUUACUUGCAAAAGGAGCACAUCCUGACCCCAGGGAUCGCUACAAUCUGUCCCCUCUAUUUGGGUCUGCAUCUAAUGGCCACCUAUCCAUCAUGAAGUUGCUAUAUGAAGCAGGAGUUGAUCUGACCACUGACACUGGUACUGGAGACACUGCACUUACUGUAGCCUCAAGUGGCGGGCAUGCAGAUAUAGUUUCAUUUCUCCGGGAGACAGGAAAGGUAGACCUAGCAUCUCAAGGUAAAGAUGACAAGCGAAACCCUUUAGAUUACAAGGGGCGAACACCAUUAUCAUACGUGGUUGAGUAUGGUGAUCUUGAAUUAAUCACGAUGCUGGUCCUGAAUAUAUCUUCAAUUGAUCCUGGUGAGAUGGACGUUGACGGCGAAACACUCCUAUCCUAUGCUUCGCGACGCAGUGAUCCGGAUACUACUAUCAAAACAAGAAGAAAACGCUGAAGAAAGAAAAGAGGAGAAGAAUCAACAAACGGUGAGAUAAUGAGAUAUGACAGGACAGAGGGGCAGAAAUACACCAUGUGACGAAUACAGAAACGAGGGCCAACGGCCUGAGUAUUCUAACGGGCUUCAGCCCGCUACAACUGUACUGUGUAGACAAUUCCUUGAAACAAUAAUUGAUAACAGGAAAUAAAGAAUAUAUAGAAUCAGAUUACUCAAAAACAAAAACGUCUUAAGAAGCAUAAGGGCAAUACUGAUUAGGUAGACCAUUUAAUCUCC